AUGAGGGAGAUUGUGCACAUCCAGGCAGGCCAGUGUGGUAACCAGAUUGGUGCCAAGUUCUGGGAAGUGAUCAGCGACGAGCACGGCAUCGAUCCCACCGGAUCAUACCACGGAGACAGCGACCUGCAGCUGGACCGCAUCAGUGUCUACUACAAUGAGGCUUCAGGAGGCAAAUAUGUUCCCCGUGCCAUUCUGGUGGAUCUGGAGCCUGGCACCAUGGACUCCGUGAGGUCCGGACCCUUUGGCCAGAUCUUCAGACCCGACAACUUUGUGUUUGGCCAGAGUGGUGCUGGGAAUAACUGGGCCAAAGGACACUACACAGAAGGAGCAGAGCUUGUGGACUCUGUCUUAGAUGUGGUCCGUAAAGAGUGCGAAAGCUGCGACUGUCUACAAGGGUUCCAGCUCACCCACUCCCUCGGGGGUGGGACUGGCUCGGGCAUGGGGACCCUGCUCAUCAGUAAGAUCCGUGAAGAGUACCCAGACCGUAUCAUGAACACAUUCAGCGUGGUGCCCUCCCCCAAGGUGUCUGACACGGUGGUGGAGCCGUACAAUGCCACUCUUUCUGUCCACCAGCUCGUUGAAAACACUGACGAAACAUACUGCAUUGAUAACGAAGCCCUGUAUGACAUUUGCUUCCGCACGCUCAAACUCACCACCCCCACCUAUGGAGACCUCAACCACUUGGUCUCCGCCACCAUGAGCGGGGUCACCACAUGUCUGCGUUUCCCAGGGCAACUGAACGCCGAUCUCCGCAAACUGGCGGUCAACAUGGUGCCCUUCCCUCGCUUGCACUUUUUCAUGCCUGGGUUCGCGCCUCUCACCAGCAGGGGAAGCCAGCAGUACCGUGCCCUAACUGUCCCAGAGCUCACACAGCAGGUUUUCGAUGCCAAGAACAUGAUGGCGGCUUGCGAUCCACGCCACGGCCGCUACCUGACUGUUGCAGCUGUGUUCCGCGGCCGCAUGUCCAUGAAGGAAGUGGACGAGCAGAUGCUGAAUGUGCAAAACAAGAACAGCAGCUACUUUGUUGAAUGGAUCCCCAAUAAUGUGAAGACUGCCGUGUGCGACAUUCCCCCACGUGGUCUGAAAAUGGCAGUGACCUUCAUCGGCAACAGCACCGCCAUCCAGGAGCUCUUCAAGCGCAUCUCUGAGCAGUUCACCGCCAUGUUCCGCCGUAAGGCUUUCCUCCACUGGUACACGGGCGAGGGCAUGGAUGAGAUGGAGUUCACAGAGGCUGAGAGCAACAUGAACGACCUGGUGUCAGAGUACCAGCAAUACCAGGAUGCCACCGCCGAAGAGGAGGGCGAGUUUGAGGAAGAUGGGGAUGAAGAUGCAUAA